AUGUCCACAUCAUCUACAAUUCUAUAUGAGCCAGUUAUAGUUGAUAUUAAUUCUUUAGAAACAACUGUUAGUCGUCUUAUUUGUUCAAUUAAACGUCAAUGGAUAACAAAUAAAUUAGUUUUUAAAAAAAUGCCACAUGACGAUUAUCUUAUUCGUUAUGUCGUAUUUUUGAAAGAUACACAAAAUGAAAAGUCUAGCAUUGUUCUUAAAAUUUAUCCAACAAAUUCAGAUGUAUAUACUGAUCAUCAAGAACAACUUCAUUUAAUUCAUUAUUUAAGUCAUUAUAAAAUAGCACCACAUAUUUUAUUAACAUUUAUUAAUGGUUAUUUUUGUAAUUAUAUUCAAGGAAAUAUACUUAAUAUAAAAGAACAACAAACUCAUCAAUUAAUAUCUCGAAGAUUGGCUGAAAUUCAUUCAAUACCAAUAAAAUUUCAUGGACCUCAAUUAUCUGAUAAACUUAAAAGUUUUAUUGAUUUAUUUACUGAUAAAAAUUCAAUUUUACAUAAUCGACUUAUUCAAAUGACGAAAGAAAAUGAAAAAUUUAAUAAUAGUAAUAAUAAAAAUAUUUUUAAAUCAUUAAAAUCAGUUAUUGGUUUAAAUACUAUUCCAAUACUUCCAUUAACAUUGAUUCAACUUGAAUUAAAAUUAAGAAAUAUAUCAUGGACUGAAAUUUCAAUUGAUAUUGAUCAUAUUCAAUUGAAUUUCGAAAAAAAUUGGUCUUUAUUUAAUAUUCCUAUUGUAUUAUGUCUUACUAAGAUGAAAAUAAAUAAUUUUUUAUUUGAUUUAAAAACAAAAUUCAUAUCAAUUAUUGAUUUUGAUCAUUGUUCACAUAAUUAUUAUCUUAUUGAUAUUGUUUCAUAUUUUCUUGAAUUAGCAAAAGAUGAUUAUGAAACAAAAUAUCCUGAACGUUUUAUACAAAAAAUAUUUCUUAGUGAAUAUCUUAAACAUACUAAAUUAAAUUUGUCAAAUAUUAUACGUGAUCAAUCUAAACCAACCAAUCAUGAAUUAGAAUAUUUAUGUGAUUUAUGUGAAUUACUUAUUGCACCUGUUCAUCUUUAUUGGGCUUUAUGGGCAUUUUUACAAGCAUUACUUACAAAGCCUAUAUCAACAUUUGAUUAUGUUAAUUAUGGAAAAAUUCGUCUUCAACAAUAUUAUCGAUAUAAAGAUAAAUUUUUUCAUCCAUUAAAUCAUACACAAAAACAUAUGCCCAAAUUUUAA